CAGACCUAGGUUCGGGCACCUGCACUCCACCACAAUGGCCGAAGUAUCUGCUCCCGUUGAAGCCAGCCGUGAAGAUAUUGGCGAAGUCAACCAAGUGACUGACAGCCGUGACGCCAGCCGUGACGCCAGCCGUGACGCCAGCCGUGAAGUCGACCAAGUGACUGAGAGUGACGCAGGUUCAGACAUGCCCGUCUUCAGUCGCACCGGUUUCUUUUCCUUCUUGGAGUCCUGGGGAACACUACCAGGACGCCGACGACGCCGACAGCGGGCAGCCGUUAACCAGAGCCCCAUUCCUCCAAACCCAAAGGGGUUUUUUGCAAAUGAAAGAACGUUCUUGUCAUGGAUGCAGUUGUGUCUGGUUUUGGGGGGACUCGCGGUCGGUCUGCUUAACUUUGGGGACAAAGUUGGACAAGCUGCAGGCGUAAUCUUUGGAGUCAUUUCUGUGAUUAUUAUGUUCUAUUCGUUACUUCAGUUCUGGGCGCGGGCGGAGAGGCUACAACAUAUCGAAAAAGGCACCGCUUUUGAAGAUAUGGUGGGGGCUUUGGUGUUGGUGGCGGUGGUCUUCCUCGCCGUAGGAAUCAACUUUGGUCUUCGAUUUAUCUCAAAUGACCAGCCAUGAUGUCAUCCUUCCUUAUUCUGUUCCGUUCUAUAUUUUCCUGCAACCUUUCAUGCACAUACUCUUUUUUUCAAAAUAUUCAUUAUGUAUAAGCAACCAGGAGAUUAUAAAGAUUUGCGUAUUUAUACGGCUCUUUGACAUUUUUACAAAAGGGUUUGACGUUUUACCAUAUAUACGGCACGAAAAUCCACCGCACCUUUUGACAGUAAGUCUCCCAGUCC